GGACUGGUUCCUUCCUAGGACUAGCAGCCAGGGCCGGGGGUGCACUGACCUUCCGCAGGGCCGGAGAGGCGAGGGGCAGAGCUCCAUCUUGCACUUGGAGCUUCUUGGGGCUCCAGCAGCUUUUCAGCCCUCCAGGGCUGCCUUCUCAGUCUCAAGGUUAAAGAAAAGAAGGUAGAAGGUGUUCAAACACCAGCAUCGCAAAACGAGAGAGAAUAAAAAGAGAAGUCCGGGUGGAUAUUAUCUCUGGACUGAGAUGGCUGGAGAAGCCUCGGCUAAGCCAGGAGAAAGACAGGUCGCCAUCCAGAGGGCAGGAUGGAAAAUGCCCACCCUCCUCACGUUGUUGCUCUUGCAAGCUGCAAAUGCACUGAAAGGCCCAAGGCUGGUGUCUGGGGGGCCUGGGGAAGCUGUCACCAUCCGUUGCCACUACAGCCCCUUGUCCAUCAACAAGCAUGUGAGGAAGUACUGGUGCCGCAUAAGCCCGGUGACACGGGUCUGCCACACCGUCGUGUCCACCACCAACUACACUCACCUCGGCUACCGCGGCCGCGUGGCCCUAGCAGACUACCCGCAGGGCGGCUUGUUUGUGGUGACGCUGUCCCAGCUGUCCCCGGAAGACGUUGGGCGCUAUCGCUGUGGCAUUGGCAACAGAAACAACGUGUUCUUCUUCAGCAUGAAUCUGAACGUCUCCACAGAUCCUUCCAGCACCAGCCCCUCAGCCACUCCGGCUACUACCGGUGAGCGCGUCAUGAGAUCCUCUGAAACGGCAUCACCAGCGCCCAACAGACAGACCUCAGGAGCCACCCAGACUGUAGAAGGACAGGGGACAGGAUGGGACAGAGUUGCUCUGCCUCCAGGAAACAACAAAACAAGAGCAUCAGCUGAGGGAAGGCAGACCCCAGGGACAACUGAGGCAGUAGCUGUAGGGACAGCCAGCCAGGGAGAGGGCUCUGUCUGGGCAACAGUCCCCAUUCCAGAGAGUCCGGCUUCAACAAUCCGAGGCAUAUCCGGUACGACAGAAGGUAUUUGGGUGUGGGACACCAGAGGCUCAGUAGCAAAUACAGCUAGGCCCAGCGAGGCAGGGAGGGAGAGAGCUACUGAAGCCGGUGGACCACCAGAAGAAACAGACUGGGUCAGAACAGCUCUGGAUGUCACUGGGAAGGUCCCAGGGACCGGUAGGCCAUCAACUCUGGUCUCAGGAAAAUGGGUGCAGGAAAUCCUGUCAGAAACAGCGACAACUGUGGCUCAGCCACAAGCCCUGGGCUCCAAUGAAGGAAGCACCCCAGCUGCGAGUGUGUGGACCCCGGGACCCACCAGCAUAGAGAUGGCGUCUGAGCAGGAAGCCACCAAAGGGGACCUAGACAUGCCUGUUGGAGACAGCGAUCCCCAAGCCACACCAAGCCAGGCCCCAGCUGCUGGGUCCAUGAUGCCCAUGGGCAAGAGGUCCUCUAUGAUACGCGCUUCUCCAGGAGAGAAAAACAUCUCUCGGAUCCUGAUUCCCGUUUCCACGAUGCUGUGCCCCCUGACCCUUGUGGCUUUUGGCCUAUUGCAAAAGAAGCUCUGGACGAAGGAGAUGACUCAGGAGACAGAGAGGGCAGCAGCGGUCACCUUGAUUCAGAUGACAUAUCUCCUGGAACCGAGCCUGCAGCCAGACCAGCUGCCCCACAUGGAAAGGAACAUGCUCCGGGAUGACUGUCCUCCCCAGGUCAGUCUGACUGUCCCAGAGACACAUCCUGGACCCCGAGGAAUGGAAGCAUAAGCUGCUCCAUCACCAUGCAAAGAGAACCAGGAUGAAGGACCAUAGCUUCAGCCUUUCCUCGUCUUUCCUCUGCCUGUACGAAGCAGAGCAAAUGGAGUGGGCACUCCCUCUGGGGAAGCAGAGGCUUCCCUUGGGCCACCCUUGGGCCCAGGAAGGUCAAGCAUUUCCCCCAGCCAAAGGUGAUGCGUGACUCAGAGAAGGCUUCAAGAAAGGUUUGAUUGAACCCUGGUGGAGGUCACCUGGGAAAGUGUGGAAUUUCCUUUCCUGGGGUUUUGAAAAUAUAUGAGUCCUCCGACUGCUAUAACUUCUUAGCCACCAUCCUUCGCCCUUGCUAGCCACCUUCUUCUCUGAAGUCCUUUAGUGCUCAGCCUGCUGCGCACAUUUCAUCAGAUUCGCGUACAUGACGCUUGCCUUCUCAAGUGUACUCUGAGCUCCUGUGGGGCAAUAAUUGUGUUAGAUCCACCUCACUAAAUCCCCAGAGGACCUCCAGCUCUGUGGGGCCCCCAGUAAAUAUUUGUGGUUGAAAGGCCGACUGGAGGGCAUGGGUAUAGUGGCCUCUGAGAUGCUGAGUCCCCUUCAUUUGGGAGUUUCCCUGGUUGACUCCAGAGGCAGGUGCCUUCUCCAUAGAAACCAAAAAGAACAACCCCCAUUCUUCAAAUCACCCCUUCCCAUUUGAGCCCAUACUCAUUAUGCCACAGACCUUUUGACCCAGGCAAGAUUUUCUGGGAUUUUCCUAAACGCAUGGAUGAGGAGGGAAUUUUUCAGUAGAUUCUCACCUUCUUCAUAAAACUCCUCUUGUUCCACUGUUUAUAAAUCUUUACUAUCCAAAGGACUGUUAAUGAAGCUGGGAAAUGGUCAUUUUAAGGGGAGGGUGGUGUUCACAGAGAAGGUGGCCAGAAGGAAUUUUAUGUGGAUUCUGCUUCAUAAACACUUCAUUCCAUGUCUAUCGGGAACUUUCACUCCACCCUUGGUCCCACUGCCUUUUCAGGGGUCACAUCUGCUUUUUUAUUCCGCCAAAUCUGUUAGCCAGCUGUCUGAACUUUGUGUCUGGGCAAAGCAGCCUUUGAGCAAUGGGAGAGAAAGAAAGGAAGGACUCCAGUAUCAAGUUGAGAAUUGUCGGGUCGACAUUUCCAGAAGGAUCGGCCCUGCCUCCAUUGCUGUCAGCAGCACCAGAAACCCUCCAUUAAUACUGCCUCACAGCUGGUGCUGAGCACAGGCGCUGUCCACAGAAAAUCACAGAGAUUUAGUCUUCAACGUUGGUGAGAGAGACCCCAUUGUUUUGGAGAAGUAGGGAAGUUGGAUGUGUCUAGCCGAAUGGAAUCAUAGGCUUUCAGAACUAACAGAGCCUUAGAGUCCUGGGUGAAGUAACUGAGGCCCUAUGGGGAGAAGUAAUCUGGUUAAAGCUAGUGAGUAAUAGAGUAAGGAUCCGAAAAGGGGACCCCUAACCUUGAUCUAGUGCUUUCUCCUCUUCGCCAUUGCUAAACAAUGUAUCAAAGCAAAACUAAUACAAUCAAUGACGUUGCCAUUUCUUGUGAUCAUUUUUGUGAACACUCUCUCAGUUCUCAGUGACCCUCCUGCACGGUCUGUAAGAGGGACAGGGAAGCCAGAAGAGCCACAUUACCCCAUUCAACCAAUGAGGAAGCAGGCGCGGGGCCAGAGGCUCUCCAGCCAAGGUCACUUGGCUCAUUAGAGACAGGGUCAGGCUGAGAACUCAGGCAGUAAAGGACCAUUCCACCUACCCAGUGUUUACCAGGGGCGUCCACAGAAGGCAAGCUUCUCAAGAUCGUUAAGAGGUGUUCUGAGGGAAGAAAAAAAGUUGCGCUGGUAGAUCAAACGAGUUUGGGAAAUGCUGGUUAAACAAUAAAUGG